CCAGCGUCUGGACUCCUGCCACCAGCGUCCCUUGGGGGCAUAGCAUACGAUGUUCUCACCAGGUAAAAGGAGAUUUCCACAAUCACCGCAUACAGCGGUGCCUCUGUAUGGCCUCUUCAAAGAUGGCAUCUGGUGCUGCAACUGUCCUGCUCGGCCCCCCGCAGCUCGGCGCCAGACAAAGAACGGCGGAAAGAACCAUGGGCGAUGGUUUUAUACCUGCGAGCAGCUACCCCCAAAGAAGUGUGGCUUCUUUCUUUGGGCCGACGAAGCUGAACCCCGCGAGAAGGCCGUCGUUCUGUCAAAUUCCCAUUCCGAGCUUGAUCAUCUCGAUUCAGUUCCGAAGACUCCUACGAAAUCUACCCAACGUGGGCCAAAUGGCUUAAUGACCCCACAAACCGAGCACCGAGUAAUCGACAUUCCACCGCGCGAAUUCAAGACACCACCCAAGACCGCGAAGGCUAGGAUGAUGGCAGAGGACUCUGAUGAAUUCGGCUGGAACUAUGAUUCUGACGACAAUGAAGAGAUCGCACAAGUGUUGUCGUCUAGUCAAGCGAAUGAAUCCUUUCUGUCGCAGCCAGUCUUCUACCCGGAGUUGCCAUCGAAAGUACCCCGGACACCCAGGACAACAUCCCCCGGCAAGCGCAAGCGCUCGGGAUUUGAAUUCGACCAGCCCGACAGCAGCACAUCAGCAAUUGCAACGCCCGCCUCAACUCACACCACCCAGUCGGCUCGGUUUCCUCCAUCCUCAGCCGAGCUAUGCUGGACGCCUACGCCGGUCAGAAACCGCGAUGCACUGAGCUCGGACUCGAGGCUGGAAGAGUCCGAUCUUUCAAAGAGUGCCUCCGCUGUACUAGAUAAGCAUGGUGUCGUGCUGCCGAAUCAGGCAUAUGAUGAACUCGUCGAGCUUUUGAAUCGAUACGAUUUGAAAAUGCGAGGAGUCAAUCGUGCACGGGAUAUCUUGCGAGUGGCGAUGAAGAAGAAGGACGAUGAGAUACUUCGCCUCAAGGAGAAGAAUACAAAUCUGCAGGCGCAGAAUGAGAUGGAUCGAAGCAUCAUCGAUAGUAUGAAGCGUUGAGAUUGGAAUCGUUCGGGACGGCCGGUGGAGUCGGCUGGAUUAUGGCCGCUUGCUAAUCCUUUGGUUCUAGUUUACCUUUCCUUUUUGGUCGGUUUUUCUCUUGGAGUUCAGCGCUUGAUAUUUAUCAGCUAGCAAUAACGACGUAACGAUUCAUAUUCAG